AUGGUGUCAAAGAAAAAAAAGAACAACCUCAAGCAACAAAAAUCCUACAAGAGAAAAUUUUUACAAGAAAGUUCUUCAGAGAGUGAAGAUGAAGAGCACCUUUGCAAUGAUGACAGCGAUGACGAAAUGAAUGUGGAUGAUGAAGAUCAUAACAAAUUUUUGCAGACAGCAAUCGAAAAACUUACUGUUGAGACAAUCAAAAAUGGAUUUCGAGCUGGAGGAUUGUACCCAUUUGGUCCAGAAUUUGUAGACAUGAGUAAAAUUAAAUCUCAAAACAGGCAAAAUGUUGAUUCUACUCGCCAGAGAGAAUUUUUGAGAACAUUAGAGAACAAGACUGAAACUACUUUGUCUUGUGCCAUACUGAAGCUUUUCAAGGAUCUUUAUUACAAAAGUCGCCUCGAGCUGGAAAAUCUUCUGCCAAAUGAAGAUGAAUCUCUGUACUUGAUUUGGGCCAAAACGGAUGAAAUCACAAAAAAUAAGAAACGCAAAUUAAAAGAGAAAAUUCCAUUUUCGAUUACAAGCCCUGCAUGGAAAGCAUACAAUACUAAGAAGGAAGAAGAGAAAAGAAAAGAAAUAGAAGAGAAGGCAUUGCGAGCCAAAAAACGAGAAGAAAAUAAAAUGAAGAAACUUAAUGAGAAGAAAAAAGUUUCAAAUAAACGAAAAAUCAGAGUUGAAUCAUCUGAAACUGAGGAUGAAGUCAUUUACGCUGAAAGUGACGACAGUGUCUUGACUGAAGGAUCGGAAUCGAACGAUGCACCAUUAGAAAAACUGAAAACAGAAGGAACUUAUGCCUGUGGAACUAUAAGGGCUAACCGUAAGGGCAUUCCCAAUAAUCUGGUAGCUGACUCUAAACUGAAGCGAGGCGAAUAUGAUUAUAGAUUUUCUAAUUUCAAUAUUGCAUAUUAUAAAUGGAAGGACAACAAAAUUGUAAACUUGGCUUCAAAUUUUCAUGGCAAUGAUGAAGACAUGCCUCGCAAAUAUAUUAGAAAGGUUGGAGUUCGUCCACGAGCUGAAUGGACGCAAGAGGCAUUAAUAGCUGCAAUGGACGAAAUUUCGAAAGGCAUUCUAGGAAUUAACGAAAUAUCUCGUAGAUAUGGGAUUCCCUCAAGAACAUUGAGGCGAAGAUUCGCUAACAAAAAUACGGAAAAACUGACAUUAGUUCCAGAGAGCUUUUUUGCAAUAUCUGACAUUUCUUUGAGUAAUCAAAGGCCUACAGAAGACAAUGCAGGUGAAAAUGAUGCACCAGAACCGGAACAAGUUUCAUCUAGUAGAUCAAGCCCUGUAGUUGAUCGAGUUCUUUCCAACGUUACUCCUAAUUAUAUGGAUAUUUUUAAUAGAACUGAAGAAGCUCUUGAGCAGGAACCAGAUCCAUCAAAUGUACAAACUCUGGGAAGUGAUCUAAAUCUAUCCAACGUUUCUCCUUGUAAUACGGAUCGACCAGAAAAGAGAUUUUCUAAUUCAAGCCCAUCAAUUCUGUCACAGAAUAAUAAUAUUAUCAACAUUGAGGAACUAGAAACACCAAGCAAAUAUUUGCAAGAAUCUUCGCCGGUGCCAAUUGUCCCGGUUCCAUUUCAUAAGAGAGGAAAACAAUCAGCUGCAAUUUUAAACACUAAAGAAAAUAUUGAAGCGAAGAAAUCUAAAGUUAAAGGUAAAGCUACUCCAGGAAUACGUUGUAAAAAUAAAUGCCAAACAGCUAAAGCUGAUGUACAGAAGAAAGUGUUACGAACUGCAGUCAAGUUUCCAAAAAAGAUUCCAGCCAAAUGUAUUAAGAAAAGAAAAGGCAUUAGAGAAUCUAGUGAUGAGACGACCAUCUCGGAUAUUUCUAAUGAAUCUGAUUCAGAUUUCGACCAGGCGAGAGUAAGUGAAAUUGAUUUGCAUAAAAAAAAACAGAGAUCUCAAGCUAAGAAUCAGAGUAAAGUUCCAACUAAAACUUAUAAGAAAAGACGAAUAGAACACAAGGAGUCGAGUGAUGAAAUAUCGAUCUCAAAUAAUUCGGAUGAAUCUGAGUCAGAGGCACACAAGGAUUCGGAAUGCAAAGAAUGCUUUGAAGAAUAUAAAAAGACCAAAUCAACUGCAGAUUGGAUACAAUGUGUAAUGUGUAAAAAAUGGCUACAUGAGGAUUGUACCAUGUACGGCGACUAUUGCAAUAAAUGCGGUAGGAUUAAACGAAUGAAUACGAAAAAAACACCGUAG